AUGUCUCUUGUUCAUAGUAACGAAAAUCUGACAUCUCUAGUUGAACAUAUUAAUAAACGUAAAUGCACCAUAUGUGAUAAAGAUUACGAAAUAGAUGACAUUGUUGUUUCUGCUCCAUGUGACCAUAUUUUUCACAAGAAUUGCAUAGCAAAAGUUCUUAAUGAAACCCAAGCUUGUCCUGUCUGUAGCAAACCGUGCAGACAAACCAAAUUAAAGUCUUAUAAUAUUUUGAAAGAAUGUGAAACCCAAGCCACUUCUAACCCAGAUUCUUUUAAUGCAAAUGUUAGUAAUAAAGGUGCAAUACCUAAGACAAAUAGAAAGAAUAUCAGACGCAAUGUACUAGAAUCCGAAACGACUCGAAUGUCUACAUUCAAUCGGAAUAAUGAUGAGGAAAUUAGCGAUAAUAUACUUAAUCUUUCCCCAACCAAUUCUCAGAAUGUACUUCUAAAUUUUGAUCCCCAUAAUAUGAGUGAUAAUACACUUCAAGAUUUAAUAAAUGAAGCGGUAAGAAAUCAGUUAGAAUCUUUAAAUAUAAAUUCAAAUCACGGUAAUAGACCAAACACUGGAAAUUUUAAUAACAAUAAUAGAAAUCAAAGUUUCAGGUCUAACAGAAAUAAUUUCGGUAGAGCGAAUCAGCAUGGAAACUCCAGAGAGAGCUUAGGAAAUACAAAUUUUAACAACAAUAACUCCCUAAGAAGGUUAAGCGGUAAACAAAGUUAUGGAAACACAAAUAUGAAUCAAAGUUACGAUCUCACUACUGAUAAAGUCUCUUCAAUUAUUUCUGGCUGGCACUUGAAAUUUAGUGGACAGGAAGAGGAUGGUUUGUCCGUCGACAAUUUCAUUUAUAGAGUUCAAGCUCUCACUAAUCAAGGAUUACGAGGAGAUUUUGAUCUCUUAUGCGCUGAUUUUGUCAGAGCUUUUGGCUUAGCUAAGGAUUUAUUUUCCGAAAAUAUAUCUCAUACUAUAGAUGUUAAUUUGAGCGAAAUGGAAACCGAUGAAAAUGUUCAUAUUUUAGAUAGUGUCCAAAGGGAAAAAUUAGAUAUAGCCAUAAAUUCAUUUCCGUCUUUUUCCAAAGAAGGACUAGGAAGAACUACGCUUGUAUCUCAUACAAUUGACACAGCAGAGAAUAAACCUAUUAAGCAGCGAUAUUUUGCAGUUUCGCCUGCAAUUGAACAACUUUUAUUUGCGGAAAUAGAUCGUAUGCUUCAGCUAGGGGUAAUAGAAGAGUCGCAAAGUCCUUGGUCGUCACCAGUGGCAUUAGUACGCAAACCGGGUAAGGUGAGAUUGUGCCUUGAUGCCCGAAAAGUUAACAGUGUCACGGUGAAAGAUGCUUAUCCUUUGCCUUUGAUCGAUGGAAUCCUCAGUAGGCUCCCUAAGGCCAGAUUCAUUACGAGUCUUGACCUUAAGGACGCCUUCUGGCAAAUUCCAUUAGAUGAAAGGUCAAAGGAAAAGACAGCUUUCACCGUACCAGGGCGUCCCUUAUACCAGUUUGUUACUAUGCCAUUUGGUUUAUGUAAUGCUCCUCAAACGAUGUCGAGGCUUAUGGACAAAGUUGUACCUGCGCACUUAAGGACCAAAGUUUUUAUAUACCUGGACGAUCUGCUUCUUAUUACAGAAACAUUUGAAGAACAUAUAUUGUUGCUUCAUGAGGUAGCUUUCUGUAUGAGAAAGGCUAAUCUAAAUCUAACUAUAAACAUAGAGAAAAAUUUUUCCCGUCCGUUUUCGAUACAAUGUGAUGCAAGCAAGAAUGGGAUUGGGGCCGUUCUCGCACAGAGAAAUGACGACAAUGACGAACUACCAAUAGCAUUCAUGAGCCAUAAACUUACAUCAGCACAGAAGAAUUAUUCCGUUUCAGAACAAGAGUGCCUUGCAGCUGUUAUGGCUGUCAAGAAGUUUAGAGCCUAUGUCGAGGGACACUAG